AUGUUGAUGAGUGGUGGGUCAUUAUCUACCAUUGAAAAGACGCCUCAGCCGUCAAGAGAAACAAUUGAUAAUUCCAAUCAUUUGAUUGUAGAAGAGAUGAAAUACAACAAGGAGGAGGAAAAACAAAAUCAUGAUAAAUGGGUUAAGAUGUUAACUUCGGAGCAGAAAGGAAUUUAUGAUGAGAUUUUGGAUGAUGUAUUGAAUGACAAAAGAGGAGUGUUUUUCGUUUACGGAUCUGGUGGCAGACGUAAAACAUUCAUCUGGAAGACUUUAUCUGCGGGUGUUAGGUAUAAGGGAAUGAUUGUCAUUGAUACAGCUUCAAGUGGAAUUGCGUCUCUUUUACUUCCUAGUGGCAAGACAGCACAUUCCAGGUUUCGAAUAAAAAUCACUCUUGAUGAUAGUACAUCAUGUAACAUGAAUCCUAAUGAUGAUGUUGCAAAUCUAAUGGAUGUGGCUUCCCUAAUUAUAUGGGAUGAAGCUCCAAUGAUGAGCAAGUAUUGUUUUAAGAAUUUGGAUAGAAGCCUGAAUAACUGUAUUGGAAAAGGAUGCAAGAAGCCUUUUGGUGGUAAGGUGGUUGUUUUUGGGGGAGAUUUCAGACAAAUCCUACAUGUGAUUAAUGGUGCAGGACGAGCAGAGAUUGUUUUGUCAUCCUUAAUGCAUCUUAUUUAUGGGAGCAUUGCAAGGUAUUGA